GUUUAUCAUUACCAAGGGGCACAGCCUUUGUCCGUCAUGGUCGAUCUGGUUUUAAUAUCAAACAGAGCCUAUACAAGUUGGUACCAAAGGUGCUGUUCUUGGCAAUGUUGUUAUAAUGCCUGUUGCCGGGUACUUGUGCGAUUCGGAUUUCCUAGGCGGCUGGCCUUCCGUUUUCUAUAUAUUUGGCGGAGCGGCAGUGGUAUGGUUCGUAUUUUGGCAAUUUCUUAUAUUUGAAACACCUUCUGAUCACACAAGGAUCUCGGCAGCCGAGAGACUGUACAUUGAGAGUACUGCGUCAUUGAAGAAAGCAAAGAAUUAUCCUACUCCUUGGAGGGCAGUUCUGACAUCAUCAGCAAUGUGGGCGAUAAAUCUUACCAACUUCUUAGAGGCCUGGGGAGGUUACAUUACAUACACUACACUACCUACCUACAUGAAUAAAAUACAGAAGUUUGAUAUAACACAAGAUGGGUUUUAUAUGGCUUUACCCACGCUAGUGUCGUUGCUAACCAGACUGUUUGGAGGAAUUAUAGCGGACAUGCUCAGAAGUAGACGAUAUCUGUCGACUGCUACCGUGCGUAAACUUUUCACUGCAUUAGGUCUGGUACCUGCUGCUCUUUGUUUACCGCUGAUCUCCCUGGCCGGAUGUGAGCAUGUCUUUGUUGUCGCACUCAUUGUUAUCGGUAACGGUUUGGGAGGAUUUACCGCCGUGGGAGUGACGGUGAACAUUUUGGACAUUGGUUACAAUCACUCGGGUAUAUUGAUGGGGCUUUCAAACUUUUUUUCCAAUUUACCUGGAGUUUUCUCUCCUUCCUUUGUUGGCUUACUCACCAACAAUAACGAAACUAUGAGUCGGUGGCAGACUAUAUUCUACGUAUCAAUGGGGGCGUAUAUAGCAGCGGCGAUCGUAUAUCUGGUUUUCGGUAAAGGUGUAGAGGAACCGUGGAACAGGCUGCCGGAAGACACUGCUGGAACUGAAACCACACUUAAACAAUCCGCUGUCACUGUUUCACAGGAAGACAAAUACAAGGAAUCAUCCGGGAUUUAAUUUAUCCUGCAUUAAAUAAUACGCUGAAAUGAACAAGUUUGGUUUUAGAACUAAAUACUACAGUAAAUUAUCUAUGAUUUGUCUGUAAAACAUGUUAUAGAUAACGAUAGUUUACGUAGAUUGAUUUUGUGAUGGCCUUACUGGAGCACUAAUCCAUCAUGCUGGUGAUAAAAUGUUUCAAUUCUGAGUGUGCAAUU